AUGGCAGCCAGGACUAUGGAAGACAUGAUCGCAGCAUACCGCCAACGGAAGGCGGAGCUGGAAAAGGGCGCCGACAACGCCUUCGCCAAGGGCGUGGCAUGGGUGGAAGGCUCGCUGGUGCCGUUGCACGAAGCACGCAUUCCGCUCCUGGACCAAGGGUUCCUGCACAGCGACUUGACGUACGACGUGCCCGCCGUAUGGGACGGGAGGUAUUUCCGACUCGACGACCACCUAUCUCGUCUGGAGACGAGUUGUGGAAAGCUCCGCCUUCGCUUUCCGCUCCCUCGUGAGGAGAUCCGGCGCAUUCUGAUCGACAUGGUGGCUCAGAGCGGAAUCCGCGAUGCCUACGUGGAGAUCAUUGUGUCGCGCGGGUUCACGAGCGUACGGGAGGCUCGACUGGGCGACACGAGCCAGAAUAACCUCUACAUGUUCGUCAUGCCUUACGUCUGGGUCAUGGAGCCGGAGGAGCACGCCAAGGGCGGCGCCGCUGUCAUCACCCGCACCGUCCGCCGCACGCCUCCGGGCUCCAUGGACCCGACCAUCAAGAACCUGCAGUGGGGGGACCUGACCCGGGGGAUAUUCGAGGCGGCCGACCGCAACUCGACCUACCCAAUCUUGACCGACGGCGACGCCCACAUCACCGAAGGCGCCGGCUACAACAUCGUGCUCGUCAAGGACGGCGUAAUCUACACGCCCGACCGCGGCGUGCUGGAGGGCGUGACGCGCAAGAGCGUCAUGGACGUCGCCAAGGCCAACGGCAUCCAAGUCCAUCUGCAAGUCGUGCCUGUUGAGCUGGCGUACUCCUGCGAUGAAAUCUUCAUGUGCACGACCGCGGGCGGCAUCAUGCCCAUCACUUCGCUCGACGGCCAGCCUGUCAAAGACGGCAAGGUAGGCCCCGUUACCAUCAAGAUCUGGCAUGGAUAUUGGGCCUUGCAUUACGAUCCUGUGUACAGUUUCGCGGUUGACUAUGUUGACCCAGACGGUGCUGGUGCUGGUACUGCGAAAGGCGUGACCAAAGCAUGUUUAUAA